GACGCACAGGAAAGUCAAGUGGGUGGAGAAAUGCAAAUCCCCUAGUGGCAUGGCGUCAGCGGCUGUGGACCCUGAAGUCAGAUUCUGACUUUAGACUGGAGCAGUAGCAGCAACUGGACAGAGGGAGAGCCAGCAUGUCUCAGUGGAAUCAAGUCCAACAAUUAGAAAUCAAGUUUUUGGAGCAAGUGGAUCAAUUCUAUGAUGACAACUUUCCUAUGGAAAUCCGGCAUCUGCUGGCCCCGUGGAUUGAACAUCAAGACUGGGAGGUGGCUUCUAACAAUGAAACUAUGGCAACAAUUCUUCUUCAAAACUUAUUAAUACAAUUGGAUGAACAGUUAGGUCGUGUUUCCAAAGAGAAAAACCUGCUAUUGAUCCACAAUCUCAAAAGAAUUAGAAAAGUUCUUCAGGGAAAGUUUCACGGAAAUCCAAUGCAUGUAGCUGUGGUAAUCUCUAAUUGUUUAAGGGAAGAGAGGAGAAUAUUGGCUGCAGCCAACAUGCCUAUCCAGGGACCUCUGGAGAAAUCCUUACAAAAUUCUUCAGUUUCAGAAAGACAGAGAAAUAUAGAGCACAAAGUGGCUGCCAUUAAAAACAGCGUGCAGAUGACAGAACAAGACACCAAAUACUUAGAAGAUCUGCAAGAUGAAUUUGACUACAGGUAUAAAACAAUUCAGACAAUGGACCAGGGUGACAAGAAUAGUAUCCUGAUGAAUCAAGAAGUUUUGACACUGCAAGAAAUGCUUAACAGCCUGGACUUCAAGAGAAAGGAGGUGCUCAGUAAGAUGACACAAAUAGUGAAUGAGUCGGACCUGCUGAUGAACACCAUGCUGAUAGAAGAGCUGCAGGACUGGAAGAGGCGGCAGCAGAUCGCCUGCAUCGGUGGCCCACUCCACAAUGGGCUGGACCAGCUUCAAAACUGCUUUACCCUGUUGGCAGAAAGUCUUUUCCAACUCAGACGACAGCUGGAAAAAUUAGAGGAGCAAUCUACCAAGAUGACUUACGAAGGAGACCCCAUCCCCACCCAGAGAGCACACCUGCUGGAGAGAGCCACCUUCCUGAUUUACAACAUUUUCAAGAAUUCAUUUGUGGUUGAGCGACAGCCGUGCAUGCCAACACACCCUCAGAGGCCGAUGGUACUUAAAACCCUCAUUCAGUUCACUGCAAAGCUGAGACUACUAAUAAAAUUGCCAGAACUCAACUAUCAGGUGAAAGUUAAAGCAUCAAUAGACAAGAAUGUUUCAACUCUAAGCAAUAGAAGAUUUGUGCUUUGUGGAACUCAAGUCAAAGCCAUGUCUAUUGAGGAAUCCUCCAAUGGGAGCCUGUCAGUAGAAUUUAGACAUUUGCAGCCGAAGGAGAUGAAAUCCAGUGCUGGAAGUAAAGGAAAUGAGGGCUGCCACAUGGUGACAGAGGAGCUGCACUCCAUAGCCUUUGAGACCCAGAUCUGCCUCUACGGCCUCACUAUUGACUUGGAGACAAGCUCAUUACCUGUGGUGAUGAUUUCUAAUGUCAGCCAACUGCCCAAUGCUUGGGCAUCCAUCAUUUGGUACAACGUGUCAACCAACGAUUGCCAGAACUUGGUUUUCUUUAAUAAUCCUCCAUCUGUCACUUUGAGUCAACUCCUGGAAGUGAUGAGCUGGCAGUUUUCCUCCUAUGUUGGCCGUGGCCUUAAUUCAGACCAGCUCAACAUGCUGGCAGAGAAGCUCACAGUUCAGUCUAACUACAGUGAUGGUCACCUCACCUGGGCCAAAUUCUGUAAGGAACACUUGCCUGGCAAACCUUUUACCUUCUGGACCUGGCUUGAAGCAAUAUUGGACCUAAUUAAAAAACACAUUCUUCCCCUCUGGAUUGAUGGGUAUGUCAUGGGCUUUGUUAGCAAAGAGAAGGAACGGCUUCUGCUCAAGGAUAAAAUGCCUGGGACAUUUUUGUUAAGAUUCAGUGAAAGCCAUCUUGGAGGGAUUACCUUUACCUGGGUGGACCACUCUGAGAACGGAGAAGUGAGAUUCCACUCUGUAGAACCCUACAACAAAGGGCGACUGUCAGCUCUGCCAUUCGCUGACAUCCUGCGAGACUACAAGGUUAUUAUGGCUGAAAACAUUCCUGAAAACCCUCUGAAGUACCUCUACCCUGACAUCCCCAAAGACAAAGCCUUUGGUAAACACUACAGCUCCCAGCCAUGUGAAGUUUCAAGGCCAACAGAGCGGGGAGACAAAGGUUAUGUCCCUUCAGUUUUUAUCCCCAUUUCAACAAUCCGAAGUGAUUCCAUGGAGCCGCAGUCUCCUUCAGACCUUCUCCCCAUGUCUCCGAGUGUAUAUGCUGUGCUGAGAGAAAAUCUGAGCCCUGCCACAAUUGAAACUGCGAUGAAGUCUCCAUAUUCUGCUGAGUGACAGUAUAAAGUGACUCUUCAGAGAAGAGAGCAGACGGAGACUGUUUUUCACCAAAGGCCACAAUUUAUUUCUUCAGCUUUGUAAAUACCGGUUUCUAGAAAAUGGUAGACAUCCGAAGCUUUCCUCUCUCUAGGUGACACCCCCAACUGGGAGUGCUGUGACCAAAAUGCUAAAAACCAAAGCUUCCGAUAAAUGUGCAAGAAAGACAGCUUUAAGAAACCAGUGUUAGUAACAAUAUAACAGAAGAUUCCUUUGCAUGCA